GCCUGGACUGUGAAAAGGGAUCCUUACGAACGAACUCAUAUCCCCUUGCCUCCUUAUUUCUUCUCUGAUCACCUCCCUGGGUCAUCCUCCGAUCUGCGCUCCUGCCAGAUCAGCAUUGGACCGGGGUCUGCUUUCUGAACUACGUGUUGAUGUAGCACCAGCCAGCCCUUUGGCCUUCUCUCACUCCUGGGCUUCGUCUUGUCACCUGAUCGCCUUAGAGUGGUAGGACCCUCAGCUGUGUCAUCGGACAUUCUGGUUAUUGAAGACAGAAACUGCUCCGUCUCUGCAGCCCAAAAUCUCUGAUAUUGGAUAUCGCGGCCCCUGCGUUGUUACUUCAGUGUCAGGCCACAGGCCUGAGGUUGCGCCGCUGCGAUGGCCACCAAUAGGGAACGGCAGGUGGGUCACAUGACAGGCUUCCCGCCUGCUGUUUACCCAUUCCCCUUCAACUCCAUCCGGAGCCACUCCUCCUUUGACCUGCUGGCCAAUGGAAGCCUCUUCGGCAGAUUUGGGGCGGACCUUCCAAAAGAGAUGGCAGCACUGUCGGUGGAGACUCAGAGCACCAGCUCAGAGGAAAUGGUGCCCAGCUCGCCCUCCCCACCCCCUCCGCCACGCGUCUACAAACCCUGCUUUGUGUGCCAGGACAAGUCCUCAGGGUACCACUACGGGGUCAGCUCCUGUGAGGGGUGCAAGGGGUUCUUCCGGCGCAGUAUCCAGAAGAACAUGGUGUACACCUGCCACCGCGACAAGAACUGCCAGAUAAACAAGGUGACGCGGAACCGCUGCCAGUACUGCCGGCUGCAGAAGUGCUUCGAAGUUGGCAUGUCCAAGGAAGCAGUGCGGAACGACCGCAACAAGAAGAAGAAGGAUGUAAAGGAGGAGGCCGUCCUGCCUGAGAGCUAUGAGCUGAGCGGCGAGCUGGAGGAGCUGGUCAACAAAGUCAGCAAAGCUCACCAGGAGACCUGCCCCUCUCUGUGCCAGCUGGGCAAAUACACCACCAACUCAAGCUCAGACCACCGAGUGCAGCUGGACCUGGGUCUGUGGGACAAGUUCAGCGAGCUCUCCACCAAGUGCAUUAUCAAAAUCGUAGAGUUUGCCAAGCGGCUGCCUGGCUUUACGUCACUCACCAUCGCCGACCAGAUCACACUGCUCAAAUCAGCUUGCCUGGACAUCCUGAUGCUGCGGAUCUGCACUCGCUACACACCGGAGCAGGACACCAUGACCUUCUCGGACGGGCUGACCCUGAACCGCACGCAGAUGCACAAUGCUGGGUUCGGACCACUCACCGACCUGGUGUUCGCCUUCGCCGGCCAGCUGCUGCCCCUGGAGAUGGAUGACACAGAGACUGGGCUUCUCAGCGCCAUCUGCCUGAUUUGUGGAGAUCGCAUGGACCUGGAGGAGCCGCAGCGUGUUGACCGGCUGCAGGAGCCCCUGCUGGAAGCCCUGAAGAUUUAUGCCCGGCGCCGCCGGCCCAACAAGCCACACAUGUUUCCCCGCAUGCUGAUGAAGAUCACUGACCUCCGCGGCAUAAGCACCAAGGGGGCUGAGAGAGCAGUCACCCUGAAAAUGGAGAUCCCGGGCCCCAUGCCGCCCCUGAUCCGAGAGAUGCUGGAGAACCCCGAGGCCUUCGAGGACGAGCCAGAGAGCCAUGACGCGGUGGCAGUGGCGCCCCCCCCACCCCUCACCAUCAAGAGGGAGAGGGAGGAUGAUGGGGAGGGCGGGGCCACCGAAAACAGCAGCGAGCUCUCCCUGGAGGAGGAGGAAGACGACGAGGAUGACGACGGAGGGGACGAGGAGAGGGAGCGAGAGGUAGACAGCGAUGGAGAGGCCUGGGGGGGGCAAGCCCCCAUCCCAGAGGCAUCCAGGAAAAGCCACACGGGGCGGGGCCAGUGAACGACUAAACCUCCUUUCUCAAGACCACCAGUCCGCUCCCAUAAAAACCUGAAAAUCUCAUGAACUUCUGUUUAGGACUGAACAGAGAGAAGAGGCUAAAGGAACAGAACUAACUUUCAGACAAAAAGAUUGUCUGUUCUUGUCUGUAUUGUAAAUAGAAGUGAGAGGAAAUGCCAAAACAGAGAAACACACCAGCGCUGAGCAGCGGACUCCAGAAAAUGCACUCGCCCACAGUAUCACAGGUUCCUCCUCAGGGUGCAGUGCUUCAGGUAGCCACCAGAGGGAGUGCAAAUGGCACUUCUUUUUCUAAAAGAGAAAGAAAAAAUAUGAAACAACCAAACGGAACACUGAUAACUUGUUGUUGAUGCUUUUGAAAAAUCAUUUCUUUUUAUUGUUUUUUUUCAUAUGGUAUAUGUAUACACCCAUAUAUAUCUAUAUAUCUUUAUAUUUUUGUCUUUAAUUGUCAUUUAUGGUUUUUGUAUACUCUCAUGGUGUCCUUUGAAGAGCUUUCCAGUACAGAGAGAAACAGAGAAAGAGAGAGAGAGAAGUGACAAUUCACAACUGGUAAACCUCUGUGGAUUCUGGAGUCCAGACCCUCGGACGGGUUUUAGUUUGCUUCAUGUCAUCACAGACAGAAGCGGUAAUCAGCUCAGUGACCCAGAAUCUGUGACCCACACAAGAAUCGGAGGGAUAGGAAUCGAGGAUCGAUAUUACUCUUUCGGCUGCACAUAUCACGCGCCACUUAUGCCAUCUCAGCUUCGGUGCUAGAAUUAGCUCUCUUUUUUUUUCGCUGUGAGGCAUCAGGAUUUGUCGAUGUGGGGGACUCCAGUCAUUCACCCUCAUUAUGUUACACCCCACCCUCUGAAGUGAGUUCCUCCCCGCACUGUGUUUGCUACAUUCAGGGUGCCAAUAGAAACUUCUACUUUCAGCCAUAUCUGAACCACUUUUGUGGUCCUGUUGUGAGGCAGUACACAGUGUGAACGAGUUGCGGUGACACAACAGUGUGGGAGGAGAAUCUACAGAGCUGCUCAGAGAUCAUUGAUCAGUACAAAUCCAAGUCUCACUCUAACCUAGUGAUGCAAUGGAAUAUUUGUAGUGUAAGUACAUACACACAAGCAGGUAUGCAUGUGUAAACCCAAAUGUGUAUAUACAUGUUGAGGUGAAAAA